UGUCUCGUGGUUCGAGGGAUCUGUGAUUAUGCAGACUCCCAUAAAAACAAACACUGGCAAGGCUAUGCUGCUUUGACAGCUGCAGCAUCUGCCAAGAGAUUACUUUCUGAGAUACCGAAGGAAGUUGCAAGAGAUGAGAAACAUUUGAAGACAACAGAUAGGUGUCCAGAAUCAUGA